AUGUGUGAAGUUCAUAUGAGAGAUCCUAAUAAUCAACUUCACAUAAUUAAAAAUUUGAAGAUAGCAGUAAGCAACAUUGUCACCCAGCCACCUCAGCCUGGAGCCAUUGGGAAGCUUCUGAAUGACGUCGUUUCUGGCAGCCAGCCUGCGGAAGGAUUAGUCGCUAAUGUGAUAACAGCAGGGGAUUAUGACCUUAACAUCAGUGCUACUACUCCCUGGUUUGAGUCUUACAGAGAGACCUUUCUGCAGUCCAUGCCGGCCUCGGAUCAUGAGUUUCUCAACCACUAUUUGGCAUGCAUGUUGGUGUCAUCGUCUGGUGAGGCUGAACCUAUGGAACAAUUUUCCAAGUUGUCACAAGAACAGCAUCGAAUCCAGCACAACAGUGAUUUUUCCUACCCUAAGUGGUUUAUCCCAAAUACACUUAAAUAUUACGUGCUUUUACAUGAUGUAACUGCAGGUGAUGAACAGAGAGCUGAAUCAAUUUAUGAAGAAAUGAAACAGAAAUAUGGAACUCAGGGUUGCUAUUUACUUAAAAUUAAUUCUCGAACACCAAAUCGAGCAUCAGAUGAACAGAUACCAGAUCCUUGGAGUCAGUAUCUCCAGAAAAAUAGUAUUCAAACCCAGGACUCAUAUGAAGAUGGCCCUUGUACUAUGACUUCCAAUAAGAAUUCUGAUAGUAACUUGCUUUCAUUGGAUGGAAUAGAUAACGAAGUCAAAGUAGACGGCUUAGCAAAUACCUUGAGGGUUCAUCCACUUCAUUUGGACCAAUCCAGUGACCCUUCUAACAACCCUGAUGGCUCAGAUCAUACCAAGUUUGCUUCCUCUGCACCUGGAACAAAGAAAGCAACUGCUGGUGUAACUCAUGGAGCUUGUUUAACACUUACUGAUCAUGACAGAAUUCGACAGUUUAUCCAGGAGUUUACAUUUCGUGGCCUUUUGCCACAUAUAGAGAAAACAAUUCGGCAAUUAAAUGAUCAGCUAAUAUCAAGAAAAGGUUUAAGUCGAUCUCUAUUUUCUGCAACUAAAAAAUGGUUUAGUGGGAGUAAAGUUCCAGAAAAGAGCAUUAGUGAACUGAAGAAUACGUCUGGGUUGCUGUAUCCACCAGAAGCUCCUGAGCUUCAAAUCAGGAAAAUGGCUGACUUGUGCUUUUUGGUGCAGCAUUAUGAUUUGGCUUACAGUUGCUAUCAUACGGCAAAAAAGGAUUUUCUUAAUGAUCAAGCAAUGCUUUAUGCAGCCGGUGCCUUGGAAAUGGCAGCAGUGUCAGCCUUCCUUCAUCCAGGAGCGCCUAGGCCGUAUCCUGCUCAUUACAUGGAGACAGCGAUUCAGACCUACAGGGACAUCUGCAAGAAUAUGGUGCUGGCUGAAAGAUGUGUAUUGCUUAGUGCUGAAAUUUUAAAAAGCCAAAGCAAAUACUCAGAGGCUGCAGCUCUCCUAAUACGGUUGACAAGUGAGGAUUCUGAUCUUCGCAGUGCACUUCUUUUGGAGCAGGCUGCACAUUGCUUUAUAAACAUGAAGAGCCCCAUGGUUAGAAAAUAUGCAUUUCACAUGAUCCUGGCUGGCCAUCGGUUUAGUAAAGCAGGACAGAAAAAGCAUGCCUUGCGCUGCUACUGUCAAGCCAUGCAAGUUUACAAAGGAAAAGGCUGGUCUCUGGCAGAGGAUCACAUCAACUUCACGAUUGGGCGCCAGUCCUAUACUCUGAGGCAACUGGACAAUGCUGUGUCUGCUUUUAGGCAUAUUUUAAUCAAUGAAAGUAGGCAGUCUGCUGCCCAACAAGGGGCCUUUCUCAGAGAAUACCUUUAUGUUUACAAGAAUGUAAAUCAGCUGUCACCAGAUGGCCCUUUACCACAGCUUCCCUUACCAUACAUUAACAGUUCAGCAACACGGGUUUUCUUUGGCCAUGACAGACGACCAGCAGAUGGUGAAAAGCAAGCAGCUACUCAUAUAAGCCUUGACCAAGAAUGUGACCCUGAGUCCUGUCAGCAGUGGCGAGAACUCGAGGAGCACGCUGUGGCUGUGGCCAACAGAGGAGCAAUUCCAGCCGGCUUCCAGCCCACACAGUAUUGCUUGAACAGUUACUCGGAUAACUCCAGAUUUCCACUUGCAGUUGUGGAAGAACCAAUUACAGUGGAAGUGGCUUUCAGAAACCCUUUGAAAGUUCCACUUUUGUUGUCUGAUUUGUCAUUACUCUGGAAGUUUCAGCCUAAAGAUGUCAGUGGAAAAGAUGAUGAAGAAGUUAAAGAACUAAUUGCAGCUGGACCUGAAAUGAUCGGCACUGAAGUUAUUUCAGAAUUCCUAAUCAAUAGUGAAGAAACCAAAGUGGCGAGACUAAAGCUCUUUCCCCAUCACAUAGGGGAGCUGCGUAUUCUGGGAGUUCUCUAUAAUCUUGGCACUGUUCAGGGCUCCUUGACAGAUGGCAUUGCUGCUCUUCCUGGAUAUCACACAGGAAAACAGUCCUUGAGUAUGUCAGUCAGAGGGAGACAGGAUUUAGAAAUUCAAGGUCCACGACUUAACAACACAAAAGAAGAGAAGACGUCUAUUAAAUAUGGUCCUGACCGACGUUUAGAUCCUAUAGUCACUGAGGAGAUGCCCCUGUUAGAGGUGUUUUUUAUACAUUUUCCUACAGGGCUCCUCUGUGGAGAAAUCCGAAAAGCCUACGUCGAAUUUGUCAAUGUCAGCAAAUGUCCUCUGACUGGAUUGAAAGUUGUGUCUAAACGGCCAGAGUUCUUCACUUUUGGUGGCAAUACGGCUGUUCUCACACCAUUGAGCCCUUCAGCCUCUGAAAACUGCAGUGCUUACAAGACGGUUGUGACAGACUUUCCCUCUGUGGGUACAGCACUUGUGUCAUCUGCGUCUUCUGUGGACUUUGGCAUUGGCACAGGGCAGCAGCCAGAAGUGAUUCCUGUUCCUCUUCCUGACUCUGUGCUUCUCCCUGGAGCAUCUGUCCAGCUUCCCAUGUGGUUACGUGGGCCAGAUGAAGAGGGUGUCCAUGAAAUUAACUUUCUAUUUUACUAUGAAAGUGUUAAAAAGCAGCCUAAGAUACGACACAGAAUAUUAAGACACACUGCAGUUAUUUGCACCAGCCGGUCUUUGAAUGUACGAGCUACUGUCUGUAGAAGCAACGCACUUGGAGAUGAAGAAGGCAGGGGAGGCAACAUGCUCGUCUUCGUGGAUGUGGAAAAUACCAAUACUAGUGAAGCCGGGGUGAAGGAGUUUCACAUCGUGCAGGUGUCGAGUAGCAGCAAGUGCUGGGAGCUGCAGAAGUCUGUGAACAUCUCUGAGAACAGAGAUGCCAGACUUGCCAGUAGAGAGAAGGGAAAAUUUUGCUUCAAGGCAGUAAGAUGUAAACAAAAGGAAGCUGCUGUGCAGUCCUCAGAAAACUACACAUUUGCAGAUAUCAUCUUUGGAAACGAGCAGAUAAUAAGUUCAGCAAGCCCAUGUGCAGAUUUCUUUUAUCGAAGUUUAUUCUCUGAAUUGAAGAAACCACAAGGUCAUCUGUCUGCGCCCCCUGAGAAACAUUCAACAGAGGAUGCUGUGAGACUUAUUCAGAAGUGCAGUGAGGUGGAUCUGAACAUUGUCAUUUUAUGGAAGGCGUAUGUUGUAGACGACAGCAAGCAGCUUAUUUUAGAGGGUCAGCAUCAUGUUAUUCUUCACACUGUGGGAAAGGAAGCCUUUUCAUACUCUCAAAAACAGGAGCCACCAGAAAUGGAACUAUUAAAAUUUUUCAGGCCAGAAAACACUACAGUUUCUACAAGACCAUCAGUAGACCAGCUUUCUAAUCUCAUUAAAACAAGUCUCCACUACCCAGAAUCAUUUAAUCAUCCAUUUCAUCAAAAAAGCCUUUGUUCAGUACCCGUCACACUUUUACUUUCUAACUGUUCUAAGGCUGAUGUAGAUGUCAUAGUUGAUCUGCGGCAUAAAACAACAAGUCCAGAAGCACUGGAAGUUCAUGGAUCAUUUACGUGGCUUGGACAGACACAGUAUAAACUUCAACUGAAAAGCCAGGAGAUUCACAGUUUGCAGCUGAAAGCAUGCUUUGUUCAUACAGGUGUUUAUAACCUCGGAACACCUAGGGUGUUCGCCAAGUUAUCGGACCAAGUUACAGUGUUUGAAACAAGUCAACAGAACUCUAUGCCUGCCCUGAUUAUCAUCAACGAUGCUUAACAACUGAGGGCCACAAGAAGGAUCUGAUUUGCAGAAUUGGCUUCACGGCAGCAUUUGAAAUACCCAAUUUGUUAAAGAGGCUGUUUGAUGACUGCAGGAUAGAAUAGACUUGACACUACCGGAUACUGCAAAGCACGCUGGAGUGAGGAUGCUUAGAUUCCAUUUUUUUCCUUUUCUUUGAAACCUGGUAAUAAUUUACAUGCUCAUAAUACAGAAUUUCCACAUAUCCAUGCACAUAUUAUGCCCUGUUCUUUAACAACGUUGUGGUCUGUUGUUGCAGCUUGUCAGGUGGUUUGUGACUGUGUGGAGGUAACUGAGGAGGGCCUUGUCGGCAUACUCCAUUAGGCCUUUAGUUGACAGAUUCCAGCUGUGCUGCACUGUUCUCUAGAGUUAAAUGCAGAUUUUCCUGUCUUGCUUCACACAGUGCUCUCAAAUCAGGUUUGAGUUUGGUUAAAAGGGCAUUUUUAUUUCAGUACUGGUGGUUCCGAUAGGCUUAUACAUAACUGUAAAAAGGAAAACUUUUUUUCUGAUGCUUUAAUAUAGUUUUGGAAGGAGUUUGACUUUUGCCCCUUGUUCAUUGCACAUUCAUCACACUGUUUCACAAUGAGAUUUUUGUCCUUAAGAUCAUAUUCUUUAUUAAAUAACUUUACAAUUAAGUUGAUCUGUUUAAAAUAUAAAUCUCAAGUUAAAAAUAAGCUUUUCAAAAAUGUAUAUUUAUAACAAAUGUACUGUAAAUAGAAUAAAGACAUACUAUUCACUGUAUAGAUUUAUUAGAUGCAUUUUUUAAAACCUGGUUUUGUGAGGACUUAAUAUAUUCUUUACUUAAAAUAAAGACUGACCAUACACAGUA